AUGACGGAGCUCUGCGCGUCGCAUCGCAGGAGGCAUCGUCGCGUCCGCUUGUCGAGUUGGGAGCGCGCACGUGCGGCGGACGAGGGCCGGGAGGGGGCGCCGGAGGGCAACGCGGCCGCCCAGGCGCCGUGCCCGCCGCCCGAUGAGAGGCGCGGCGGGGGGGAGGAGCCCGCGGGCGAGGAGCCGCGCGAGAUCUUCCAGCACGUCAAGAACCUGCAGCGCUUCCCCAAGUACAACCGCGUCCUCGUCUACUACUACCUGUACCGCGGCAUGCGCACGCAGGAGAAGGGCAACGCGCUCAUCGCCGAGGCGGCCGAGCGCGCCGGCAUGUCCUACCAGCACGUUUACAACUUCAUCGGCAAUUUCCGGCGGGUGCUGGGGCAGGCAAAGACGCGCGUGCGGAGGGAACCCAACUGGUAUGAGACGGGUUUCCCCAGCGCUGGUGCCGGCACCGGCGCCACGAUGGCCUCUUCAUUCCAGUCGGUCCCCCCGAAACUGGCGCAGCCCGAGAACCAGGGGUUGCCAAGCGGACACUGGCCCGACGGCGCCGGGAAGGCAGACGUUCACAACGACUCGAGCUUUGAGGCCCUGCACGGCUGGGGCGAGAGGGAGGAGCCUUCGGAUGCGGAGGCGAGCCGCACGGCGGAGUCGGAGAGCUCCCACGCGGAGUCGCCGCAGCAGGCCGACGUGGUGACAGCGGCCGGUUGCUCGCUGGCGGACGACAGCUGGCCGUGCCUCGGCGGGUACGCCGACGACAAGCUGCCAGAGCCCGACGGGGGCGUGCCGUGCAUUGGGGACGAGCGCAUGGACGAUACCCCACCGUGCGAAACCGAGCCGCAGCCGCCGCCGCCGCCGCAGCUGCAGCAGCAACAGCCUCAGCAGCCACCACAGCCGCAGCAGCAGCAGCAGCAGUCGGGAAUGGUGGCUUCCCCGUGCAAACGGCCCUGCUCACGACCGGCAGAGGAGACCUUCGCAACGAUGGUGGACAUGGCAAGUCCUGAAAAGUUCCUUGCUGAUCUGCGCUCUAAUAAAGAACUGGCCAAGAAGCUGCAGCGCUUCCCCAAGUACAACAGCGUCCUCGUCUACUACUACCUGUACCGCGGCAUGCGCACGCAGGAGAAGGGCAACGCGCUCAUCGCCGAGGCGGCAGAGCGCGCCGGCGUGCCCUACCAGCACGCCUACAACUUCAUCGGCAACUUCAGACGAGCGCUGGGCGAUGCCAAGACGCGUGGCGUGAGGGACAAGAGCCCUUUCCAGAAGAUGAACUUUCACACGCCGCUCGCGGGUCAGGGCAAAGCCAAGAUGGGCCCCCUCCCCUCGGCCAAAGCAAAGCUGCUUCACGCCACCGCUGGUGCCCGCGAGCCUCCAGGUCUCACCGCGGUGGCUACGCCGCCGCCCCCCUGUGGCCGUGACGAGAGGGAGCCAUGCCCUCCCGUGACCCCUGACAGCCCGUCCAGCACCAUCCGCCGCAACCUCCUCCGCAUCCAGCAGCUGAUGGAGGAGAACCAGCGUCUGGGCUGCGAGGGGCUGGGCCUGGCGGUGCGCUUCCCUCCCGAGGUGGCGGCGGCUGCCGGGCAGCAAGACGGCGCGGGGCCCCUGGUGUGGACGUUCGGCUCCAAAGAGGGCCUCCUCCUCAUGGAGGACAACAGCAUCCAGAGCUACGUCACCCUGCUGUGGAGGGCCAAGCGGUUGAGGGACGUCAAUGAGAGACGAGCGCUGUCGGUGGCCAACGCCUCCGAGCACGGCCACUUGGGCGACAAAGACGAAGGCCGUGCCCUCGCGGAGACGAACGCGGAGACGCGCAACGGCCUCGACGCCGCCGCCACCGCGGGCCCAACCCGCGGCCGCUUCCCCGGCUUCCCGGAGCCUUGCAGGCACCACCACGUCCCUACUGCCGGAGCGGGCCUCUCUGACGGGGGGCGACCGCGGGCCGCCCGCGGCGGUGGCGCUGACGCCGGCCAGGGCUUUGCGCCGGCGGCGCCGGACUUUGGCCAGCCUCCGGCGGAAUGCCCCUCUGCGGGCUUCCGCCAUCAGCAGCAGCAGCAGCAGCCUAGGUACAUCAACGCGUUCACCCAGACGUCCUCGGGCAGGCCCAACGGGCUGGAGCAGAUGGCCAGGAGGGCCGAGUCGCCCGCGCAGUUUGCCAUGGCGCGGUCGCCCGGUCUGCACUGGAACCCCCCGCUGGCGAGCCAGGCCCCCCCGCAGGCAACGCAGGACGUGCAAUAUGACAUGUGGUGAAGGGCCCCCGCUCGGUGGCCCUCGGCGAGCGUGGCGUGUCUCUCGAGGCAUUCGCCCGUUCAGGAGGAGGGCUGCGACCGCAGCGAAAGGAAACAGGAUGGAACGGACCUUUCUGCACUCUUCGUUACUUCCACUGAGAUGUCCGUAGAGACAUUUCCCCCACGAGCGGAGGAUUGGAUCAAGUGUUUGAGAUGAUGGCUGUGCCGCCGUUGGACCAAAUGUAGGAAAGUGCCUCUCGUGUAUCUGUAGCGCCUUCACUGGCAGAUCAGGAGUAUGCAUCGUUUCUCUGGUCUCUCUCGUAAAUGCAAGCUCGUGUAGUUUAAGAUUUCAAAAUCAAGUCUUCUAAAACGGUGUAGUUUAUGAUUUUUUUUUGCCGAAAAUGAUCCAAAUUGGCUACUAAUCUGCAGUUUUCAGAAAUAGAAGGUAAGGCAUAAUGUUACAACAAGCUGAUUAAAAUGGGAUCUCAGGCCAAAAAUAAACUCCUUGAAAAAAGUUUUUUUAAAACAACGGUUUUAUUAACAACUUGGUUUAACUCACGGUCGAGAAGAAGGUCAAUGGCGCCCGCUUUUUGUGCGAGCCGAUUCCACAGUUUAGGGACCCCGCGGCGUUUUUGACCUCCACAAAAAUAUAUAAUUAAUAAGCCGUCCAUACAAAAAAUUGUAAUUGCUUGAAAAGAGGCAAUUAAAUGAUGAUUUGGACAACAGGAAGUAGACCUGUUGUCGAUUACAAGAUUUGACCACGACAAACACAAGUGAAGUUAAAUAAAACCGUUGACUAACACAUGAUAAUGUAUUUGAGGUAUUGUUAUCCUUCACGCCAGGCGGUGCACAAUGUCAUUAUUCAUAAGUUAACACAAGUGUGGGGCGUCACGGUGGCUAGGAGACGUUAACUACCUUGCCUGGUAUACAGGAGGUCGUGGGUUCUAUCUAGACCCAGACGCCUGCUGCUGUAUAUUUUUUGAUUUUGAAUGUUCUCCCCGUGGUCGUGUGGAUUUUUCUCCGGGUAGAGUAAUUGGUUGCUAUAAAUUUCCAUACGAUAAGCCGCUUCGUUGAGCUGUCAUUUGUGGCCAGGUCACUUCUGAAAAAGAGCUGUGUAUCUCAGUGGGCCUUACCUUGUACAAAAUAAUAGUUUUUAUAAUAUUCAAACAAUAUCAUGAAAGUGCUCGCAGCAACGUCGCACUCGGCGCCCACACGCGCACAGGCAGCCCGUUCAAAACACAGGACUGCGCCUUGCACUUGGUCCUCCUGUCGAAGAUUAUGCAACGUGCAUUUGUAACUAAAGUGCAGACUGGCAGCAUCAUUCACGCUGUAAAUAAGACGGUCCACGCGAACGCUGUGUAUUAACCUCUCACACACUACCCACCAACCUAUAGCAUUAGGCCUGUGGUGUUGCACUUUCUAGAUUGCGUCGCCCUUUAGGGGCAAGUGAUGUCGGAGCCCGUAAAGUACUCUUUGGUUUUUUUUCUGAGCGAGCGUUAAUUUUUAACUGUACAAAUUGGCAGAGGCAGUUAAACAAAACCGAACUUUGAAUGGUUUGAAAAUUGCAUGCGUCAACUGUGAAACCGCCGACUACAUUCAUGUUACCACUUACACAGUGUCACGUGUCAAGCCAAAUCAAUUCUGAUUAAUUGGCCAAUUAAGAUACUGCUGUACCGUUGCGGAAGGGAUUUGUUUUAUGUUGAGACAUAUUCGCUUCUAAUCAUGCCACGGGCUAAAUUAUUUUAUGCAAAAUUAUGAGAAUGCAUUUUAUUUUCAUGCAUGUAGGGUAAGAUUUGUUUUGUACAGACUGGCAGCACCUACAGUCAUCACUGGUGUAUAUAUGUGUGUGUUCUCGCUCCGCUGCUCCCUGCACCGAUCAGAGAGGACAGAGCUCAACCUCUCUCUGCGCUUCUCCAUGCACAGGCUGGUGUUCACCGGUUCCAACCUAUUUUUUUUCAGCCGUUUACUAAACAUUUCUUGCUAAGAUUAAUUAUGGAUAAUGUGGGUAUGGUGUGCCCCUGGCUGCCUGGGUGCAAAUCAUCACGUGCCCUGUGGCCCCCACGUGCCGGGCCUUAACACGUUAACUUUGCUAGGCCAGGGUGGCGUUCUGCUCUGCGGCCCCCGGGAGAGCUCGGUGGAGGCCAGUCAGAUGAUCGUGGGGAGGGGGAUGUGGACCCCCCACGGGACCUGUUGCCCAAGCGCUUUCCGGGCGGCGUAGGUGGUCCUUUGCUCCGUCUGACGCUUCCGUGUAGGUGCCUGCACUUGUCCUCUGAGCUUGGUACACUAAUUGUCUUGGGGCUGCGGUGGAGGUGGGUGGGCCCCCCAGAGAAGUGUUUCCCAGCCUGUGCUGCACCCAACUCAACAUUUCGCAGAGGGCAAAAAUAAAUAAAUCGAAAAUCAAAUGUAAUAGCAUGUAAAUUAAGGUUUUAUGUUAUAAAAUGUAUUAAAAUGGGUAUUAUUUAUUUACGAUGUUACAUUAAAUGUUGGGGUGGGGGGGUAAAAGCCCCCUGUUGUCCACCUAUUGUCCACCCCUCCUGGGUGUGCAUCUGGUCUACGUGGCCGGGUGGUUAUUCAGGGAAUGUACCUGUCAGUGAUUAAUGUGGGUGCUGCCAAGAGCCACGAAAAGCCACGUUUACGCAAGGACUGGAUCUCACAUGUUGUGGUGAAAACACGUCCACAAAUGUCACUGAUGAGGACCACCGCCUCAUUCUCCCGAACACAGGUGGAUGGAGUAACGCGCUGGGCAGGAGAUACUGGUGUUCUACAGUUUUGGGUUAGCCGGCAUGAGUGUGUAGCUAUUAAGAGUGCGUUUGCUGUGAAAUGCAGUAAAGUAUUCACAAUCUCACAUGUAAUUCACCCUCACAAUGACGGGCCGCAUGGUUAAUCCGAGUGGUUUUUGUAGAAGCACUUUUUAGUUAUUAAAACAUUGCAAUGACAUAAACAAAUGUA